AUGUGGCCAGUUCCCAAAGUGACUCGGGAGACUCGAGAUUUGCGCGCCGCCGGUCGGGAUGUGUGUCGUUCGCAAGGAGGUGCGAUCCCGUCCGAGGUCACAGGCAGUGGCACAUCAGAAGAAACCACUGAAUGGUGGAGAAGCUCGACAUUGCCACCCGGAGCGGUGCUGCCGGACUUUCAUGGCCCAAAUACUUCCGCUUCUGCGAGCAUCGCCAGUUCAGUCAGUGUUAAAGACGAAAGCUUCGCCGUGAUCGGAUCACCUCAAACGGCUGUUCCUCUCGAGUCCCUCAAUACGGUUCCAUUUGAGGCUCUUCUCGGGAUAUCCUUUAUCGUUCUACGUCUCACAGAUAACGAGAUCAGGGCAUAUCGUGUGGGAACCGUCAGUCGAAAUUUCUCCACCAGCUCUACAGCAAUCGAAUUUGUGACGCGCGAAACGCUGUUGAUGCAGUCAGACGGACUGGCAGUGCUGCUGGCGCCUUCAAACACUAUACUCGCUGGGUGGAACAUCGAACCAGGUGCGACCCCUGGCGCAGCUUCAGGGUUCCAUAAUCAGACGAACGCUGUUCAGGCUGGAAUCGCCUCCGAGUCGUCAUCGACAGAGACCUCCGUAUUGUCUGCGGUACACCCUCUUACGAACGCAGAGGUGACAGAAUGGCUAGUGCGAACGAAGGCCGAUCACGAGACAGACCUGUCGGCGUCGGUUGGACAGCCGCUACAGCCAGCACCCCCUGUGAGUGGGAACGCCGGCAGCGCUGAAAUCCCGACCUCCGUUUUUCCGUUGACAGACGAAGAAUACAAGGAACUGGAUAGAGGGGAACCAUUGCUCGAGGGAUUUCCUGUGGUUUCUCUCUCUGCUGACUCACCCGGCACGACGGCUCAAGACGAGCAACUUGCGGGGUCUGCUUCAGAGACCCGACAAAAGACCAAGUUUCUCGAAAAUAGUGCUGCUGACACAAACCCCCUAGCCAUGGAAACAGGGGCUCUCCUGCCAGAGGCGCAAGACGGCCUUGGCGACGCCGCUACGCUACGGUAA